AUUGAGAGUUGUGAAUCCAAGUCCAUAUGACUUAUUUGCUAUGAGAUGUAUUCUGGUUGCUUCUAGUCCAGAGAUUCUUGCGGGUAUUAAGAAUAAGAAGAUUGUGAACCGUCCAUUGGCUGGGACAUGUAAAAGGGGAAAGACUCUAGAAGAAGAUGAAAAGUUAUCAACGCAGCUCCUGAAAGAUGAAAAACAAUGUGCAGAGCAUGUAAUGCUGGUUGAUUUGGGACACAAUGACAUUGGAAAGGUCUCAAAAAGUGGUUCUGUUAAAGUUGAGAAGCUUAGGAAUGUUGAAAGAUAUUCCCAUGUCAUGCACAUAAGCUCAACGGUUACGGGAGAGCUGCAAGACCAUUUGACCUGCUGGGACUCCCUUCGCGCUGCGUUGCCUGUUGGAACUGUCAGCGGAGCACCAAAGGUGAGGGCCAUGCAAUUAAUCAACGAAUUGGAGGUGGCAAUGCGAGGGCCUUAUAGCAGAGGAUUUGGAUACAUUUCUUUCUCAGGCGACAUGGACAUUCCUCUAGCAAUGAGGACAAUAGUAUUUCCAACUGGAACAAGGUACGAUACAAUGUACUCAUACAAAGACCUAAACCAACGGCGCGAGUGGAUUGCGUACCUUCAAGCUGGUGCUAGUAUAGUUGUUGACAGCGACCCUACGGAUGAGUACCAAGAGUGUCAAAACCGUAGGAAAAGACUAAUUCUUUAUUUAUAUUUUUCUAGGUUUUAGUGACAGACAAUACCGUAGAAAUAGACUAACUCUUUAUUUAUAUUUAUUUAGUUUUUAGUGACAGUCAUUGUUGUAGGUAGAAAUCAAAAACAUGUAGUGAUAAUCCUCAGAACAUGUAGUGACAGUUCUCAAAGUGUAGCAGGAUGCCUCUUAAAGUUGAUUUGGGUGUCACUCAAAGUGUUAUUGGCUUCUACCUACAGUUUUUAACUUUUAGUGAAACAUUUUGUGUGUCACGAUAGGUCAAUUUUUUUUGUAGUGUUUGGCACUCGUUUUCUCUCAGUUGAGUUGCUG